CCUGCGCCAGCAGCACCCGCUGCUACGGAAGCGGGGUUCUGUUGCUGCAGAGACCGCGGCUGUCGGCGGAUGGUGGCGGCGAGGGGACCAUGACCGGGAAGAAGUCUUCCCGGGAGAAGCGGCGCAAGCGGAGCGGUCAGGAGGCGGCCGCGCUCGCCACCCCGGACCUCGUGCCGGUGCUGGGCGGCAGCGCCGGCGCCGGUGCCUGCGGGAACGGCUGCGGGAGCGCGGGCGGCUGCGGGAACCCGGGCUGCUGUGGGAGCGCCGGCGGCGGGGUGAGUGCGGCGGGCGGCGCGGAGCGGGGCGAGCGCCGAAAGCGGAGGAACACCGACUCGUCCUCCAGCGUCUGCGGCUCCUUGCAGCAGGAAGCCAAAUACCUUUUGCCAACUUUGGAAAAAGAAUUUUUCUUGGCAGAGCACAGUGAUCUUGAAGAAGGUGGACUGGAUCUGACUGUUUCAUUAAAGCCAGUUAGUUUCUAUAUAUCAGACAAGAAAGAAAUGCUCCAGCAGUGCUUCUGUAUAAUAGGAGAAAAGAAGCUACAGAAGAUGCUUCCUGACGUGCUGAAGAACUGUUCAGUAGAAGAAAUUAAAAAACUGUGCCAGGAACAAUUAGAACUCCUGUCCGAAAAAAAAAUCUUGAAGAUUCUUGAGGGUGACAAUGGUUUGGACUCUGAUAUGGAAGAGGAGACAGAUGAUGGCUCUAAGGUGGGACCUGAUUUAAUCAGUCAGCAAGACACCUGUGUAGAUUCUACUUCAUCCGUGAGGGAGAACAAACAACCAGAAGGCUUGGAAUCAAAGCAAGGCAAAGGGGAAGAUAGUGAUGUGCUCAGUAUAAAUGCAGAUGCUUAUGACAGCGACAUAGAAGGCCCAUGCAAUGAAGACGCUGCUGCUGCUGGUCCUGAGGCCCCAGAAAAUACAGUCCAGAGUGAAGCUGGUCAGAUAGAUGACCUGGAGAAAGAUAUUGAAAAAAGUGUGAAUGAGAUUCUGGGACUGGCAGAGUGUAGCCCAAAGGAACCCAAAGCCGCCACCCUGACUGUUCCUCCACCAGAAGAUGUUCAGCCUUCUGCACAGCAGUUGGAGCUCCUAGAACUUGAAAUGAGGGCAAGAGCGAUCAAGGCUCUGAUGAAGGCUGGCGAUAUAAAAAAGCCCGUCUAGUUAUCCAACUUGAAUUUUAUGUGUUUGAAUGAAGCCAUGUCAUGUAAUUUUGUAUCUGAAAUUUAUUUGGGGUCCUUAUGUGGUGUUCCUCAUGUAUCCCUUAUUAGGUGAACUCAUCUUAGACUGAAAUUAUAUUUUUUUUACUUUUAUAUUAUAGAUUGUAGGUGUGUGUUUAAAUUCAUGACAGAUACUGUUGGUUAUCUGAAUACUUUUAGAUGAGUAUUUAGCUAUAUCUGUAAAUUGAUGUCUUACAAGUCAGUACAAUGACUCAUAUAGUUUUUUUUCCUUUGUUUUUCAAUGUUUUGUCAACAAACUCAAAAGCUUAAAGCUUGACCAAGCAUGUUUCUCUUAAGGCUACCUAUAUUUUGCAAUAGUAUAUUAUGUUAUUGCUCCUAGAUUUAACAAUUUAUGAAGCUUAGUUUUGUGUAUGUAUACUUUAAAUAUAUAUAUUGUUUGGAGGAUGCCUUUUGUGGAUGUGAGUUUGCUAGCUAUAGCUAAUUAGCAGUUUUUGUUGUAAUGCUUAGGAUCUGAAAUGGCUUAAAAACAUUUUUUAGUGAAGGAAAAAGCUCAAUUUAAGGCUAUUUUUAACAGUGUAAAAUUAAUUUGUCUAUGUUUAAUUCCAGCACCAAGGCAUUCUGACAGGUAUUUGGUCUUUUGGGGGUAUUUUGUUCACAUUUUUUGCUUCAAUAAAAAAGAAAUAAAUUUUCAUUUACAUUCCAAUCUAGCAGGAAAAGAAUAAUGUGUUAUCAGACAGGGUUUCAUCUGAUACUGUUGUUGGAGGGUCUGAUGUGCUGUAAGUCCAAAAAUCAAAAUAUGAAAAGGCUAUUAUUCUGGAUAUGAAGACUUUUGAUACUUUUCCAAAAGCAAAAUUGACUCUAAGAAUCUUUGAUAAGUUGAUGUUAUAAUUAAGCUAAUUUUAUAUAGUUUUUAUAAACAAAUUAGUACCCUGCCACAAUUACAAAUGCUCUUCCCCUCAUUAUUUAUGGCACUUGUUUGAUACCAAAAUAAAUUUCAGUAGGAUCCCUUAAUUUAAAAUAAACGACUUCUUUUUUAAAAUAGAAA